CAACCGCGGCUCCUGGCCCCCUGGCAGAAGCACAGGCGGGGACGUGCCCGCUGGUUCGUAGAGUUCGUCGCGGAAGCGUUGUCUACCUUCCUCUACACGUUUGCGGGUACUGGAUCGACUGCAACGUAUGUCCUAGGAAACCUCCUGGGAGUGCAGGGCGUCGGCAGUGUGCUUCAAGUCGGGAUGGCAUAUUCCCUUGGAAUCGUGCUGGCGGUUAUCAUCUGUCUGCCGACGUCCAAUGGGCACGCAAAUCCUGCCUUCACGAUCUGGCACAUGCUCACUGGCAAUUCAACUAGCCUUUAUAUUGAUCACAACUUAUGCCAUCGUCGCACCAGACUUAUCGUUGCGCAAAUUGUUGGGGCCUACGUCGCGUGCUUGCUCAUUUACGUGCAAUACCACGACAUGAUCAAGGAAGCGAUUGCAGGUCUGCAAGCAAAGGAUCUCUACGACUCAGUCAUGUUCACGGCGCAAGGCCCAGGCGGCAUCUUCGGACUGUACGCCACGCCUGGGGCUAACCUGGGCAACGUCUUCUUGAAUGAAUUCGUCUGUGACUUCGUCCUAGCCGUCGUGAUCUUCGCCUGCCUAGAUCCCACCAACGCGUUUUCGCCUCCGGUCGCCGCUCCUUGGAUCAUCGGCUUUACUUAUGGGAUCGUCAUCUGGGGCUUUUCUCCCGCAAGCCUCGCAGCUAACUCGGCACGCGACGUCGGCGGUCGUCUGGCAGUCCUCUCGCUCUGGGGGCUCCCGGCUUCAGGCGGAAGCUACGCUGCAAUCGCUGCUCUGACGAACAUCCCCGCGACGAUCUUGGGAGGCAUCUUCUACCACUUCAUCUUCACCGACUCUGACCGCGUCCUCACGCCCGCGUCCCUCGAGCUCUUGAGCGCCACGAAGGCCUACGAAGAUCGC